AUGACUACUGUGGUGUCAUUUGAGAAUGCUACUUUCGUUCGCCCCCCUACAUUUUACAUCAGUGGAUUGUACAACAUGCCGCAUGCAAAGUAUUACUAUAUGUUUUUGUGUUUUGUGUACACUGUGACUAUUUUAGGGAAUUCUUUUAUAAUGGGCACUAUAUACCUGGCACGUAGUUUGCACACAGCAAAGUAUAUAGCUGUCUUCAACUUGGCCUUUUCUGAUCUGUGUGGAAGCUCUGCUCUUAUUCCAAAGUAUGCAGAUAUGUUUCUUUCUGAAAACCAGUACAUAUCUUUUGAAGACUGUAUGACAAGCAUGUUUUUUGUUUUUCUUUUUAUGAAUAUGCAGUCCUUUACGUUGCUUAGUCUGUCUUUUGACAGAGUAAUUGCUAUAUGUUUUCCUCUGAGGUAUCAUGCUAUUGUCACCAAAACCACAAUGACUCUGAUAACUGGUCUCAUUUGGCUUGUCUCUGUAUUUCUCGUUACCAUCCGUGUUGCUCUGACUACCAGACUGUCCUUCUGUAGAUCUACCACAGUUGACAGCUAUUUCUGUGAUUAUUUCCCCAUCUUCACACUAGCCUGUAGUGAUAAUUCACCUAAUUACAUGUUGGCCUAUGUUAAUGUUGCGGUUGUGCUUUGCCUUCCGUUGAUGCUAAUUGCUUUCUCAUAUGUUUGUAUUGGUGUUGCUCUGUGUAAGAUCUCACAUGGUGCUGAGAGGAUCAAGGCUAUGAAAACCUGCACUUCCCACCUCAUGUUAGUGGCCAUGUUUUAUCUACCAAUCAUUAGCGUUUAUAUUACUGCUGAUACAACAUACAUACAUCCAAAUAACAGAAUAAUCAACUCAGUCCUAACACAAGCAAUUCCACCUAUGUUAAACCCCAUCAUAUAUACUUUGAAGACAGAGGAGGUAUUGCAGUCUAUUAAAGUACUCUACCAACGAUUUAGGGUGAACUUUGCAAUGGAAGAUCCCUGUGAAAACUUUGAGAAGAAUUAA